UAAACGUCUCAUGUUUAUAUAUGUUAUGCAGCUUGAAGUUUAAGUAGUUUUUCUCCAGUUUCCGGUGCGGAUGUCGUCUUUAAUCCCCUCCAGCCACCGGAAGCUCUAGAUAAAGCCGAGGUUGCAAAGUGCGUCACAACGCGGAGGAGCUGCUGCUGCUGCUGAGAGGAACCGAGUAACCGAGCUGCUGCAGUCCAGCACCGACACACUUAUUACUCUCAUCCUCUUCUUCUGUUUGCACAAGAAACCCAAGCUGACUGUCCUGCUCCAGCAUGGUGAAGAUAGCUUUUAACUCGGCUCUGGCGCAGAAGGCGCUGGGCAAAGAGGUGGCGGACGCUGAUAAGGACCCUGAGCUGGCCUCUGCUCCAGUGGGCAACGAGGGCUCCACAGGUCGCUGUCUGCUCACCCUGCUGGGCAUCGCCUUCAUCCUCAGUGGGCUCAUCGUUGGGGGAGCAUGCCUCUAUCGAUAUUUCACCCCAAAGAGGCUGUAUCACGGUGCGAUGCAGUUCAGUGACGUGUCAGGCGGAGCUGGAGGAGAGAACCAGCCGUACUACCUGCCACGGGUGGAGGAGGAGGUGGAGAUCUCUGACAGCAUGGCCGUCAUCAGCAUCCCACCUCCCCGUUUCAGACCUGGGGACCCUGCUUACAUCCUCCAUGACUUCAACAGGAAGCUGACGGCAUAUCUGGACCUGACUCUGAGGACCUGCUUUGUGAUUCCUCUGAACACCUCGGUGGUGCUCCCCCCUCAGGACCUCAUCGACCUCUUCUCACAGCUGAUGUCCGGCUCCUACCGCAGCUACUUGGUGCACGAAGACCUGGUGGUGACGGAGCGUAUCGAUGACAUCAAGCCUCUGGGCUUCUACAUCCGCCGGCUUUGUGAUGGAAAGGAAACGUACAGGAUGCAACGCCGCUCCAGCCUGCCAGGUGGAGGCAUCCAGAAGCGCUCCGCGGACGAAUGUUUCACCAUCCACCACUUCGAGAACAAGUUUGUGACGGAGACCCGGAUCUGCAAGGCUUGAUGGGAGGGCUCGAGCGUAGAUCAGGAAGCGAGUGAGAGAGUGAUCGUGACAGAGAGAGAGUAGGAGGGAGUAGGCGAAGGAGUGAACAGCUUUCAGCAGAAAGUUACUUUUGUAUAAAACUAUUAACUUUUUUGCCUCCCUCGCUUUAACCCCAUGUGAUAAGUGAAUUUAAGUUCCAGCGUUAUAUAGCCUAACCCCCUGAACCUGUAUAGGUCAUAGCUCUCUUGCUCAAGUAUUAACUAGUUAGUCUUGUACUAAUAACCAGCGUCAGCCUGCUUACUAUAAGUAUACUAAGUUUCAUUUGUUGCGUUGGUUUCUGUUCUGUUGCCGUAGCUUCCUGCUGAAUUAUCUUAUCGUUGUUACUGUAUUACACUCACGUCCAGACGAGAGUCCUUCUUCUACUGAAUAUCCUAGUGAUGCUGAGAAGUCAUUCAUAUCAGACCUGUCUGUGUGUCGGCCUACUGUUCCCACUCUCAAUGGGUUUUCUAGAGCAGCCUUGUUAUAGUGUGACAUAGCACAAGUCAUCCAGGAAACAUAUGGUACAGUACAGUUACAUGUAACAUGGCCGUCCGUGUCUGCUCUGGACGGUACCGGAGAUGCUCGAGCCCCCCCGAGCUCUCACUCACCCCUUUUUGUAGAUAUUUCCCAGAGUGCCCCGCUGCUCCCAGAGGCCUCUGCUGUCCUGCUGUGUAAUGAUUUUAUGUAAUUAAUGGUGUCCUACCUGACGGCGAGCAGUCCAGCACCCCAUAUGACUCGUGUUUGUGUAGAAACCUCAUUUGUGACGAUAAACUUGAAAGGACGGUCGAUGAGCUAAAGGGAAAUUUCACCAAAUUUGAAAAACACUUUUUUUCUGUUUUUAAAUUCUUAUUUAUGAAUCCGAGGUAGCUUUAAUAAAUAGCUCACUAUUAUAGGUGGCUACACGUUUUUGCAGAACUCUAUUUAUUUAAAAUUGUCACAGGAACAAGAUGUUUGUAAAAAUCCUUCAAUGAAUUUGCACAAAGCAAUUGUCCUUGAACGCCCUUAAAGCUGCAGUAGGUAACUUUGAGCAAAUGUGAUCAAAAAGUUAUUUUUUAUAAAACUGUCACUUUAUACUGACAGUACUGCAUCAGACAGGUAAUCUGUGAAAAAAAACAUGUUCCUCUUCCUCUUUUAGUGCUCCUAAUGGCAUCUGCAAGAAGGAAAACAGUUUUUGACCCAGCCACCAUGUUGAAAACAGUCGUGCCAAAACCAAUCACCGCCCACUGGCAACUUUCUCAUUUUACAGCUAAACAGUACACGAAGAUAUGUUUCUAAAAACAUUUGAGGCAAAAAAUAGGCAUUACAGUUACAGAAUAUUGAUUCAUAUUUGAUCAGCGCUGCCUAGUUUGACCGUUUGAUCGGAGUUUGCGAGUUUCUCAAGCAGCGUUUGACAGCUGCUGUAGAGACUGCUCGGCUCUGAUUGGUUGUUUUCUUUCAGGCACGUUGAAAUUUGCAUUAUGAGUACUAGGAAGAGGCAGAGAAACAUGAUUUUUUUUGUCACACAUUAUCUGUCUCAUGCACUACUGUCAGGAUAUAGUGACCAUUUUACAAAAAUAACUUUUUAAUCAUAUUUGCUCAAAAGUUACCUACUGCAGCUUUAAGGAAGAGCUUGAAAGUAUGAAAAAAAUGGCCUUUUUGCCAAAUAACUUUUCAGUGGUUUCCCACUCGAUGCCUGCACAGAAAGACAAUCAGACAGGAAGUGUGCGUGUAAAAACUGUGUUUCUGUCUCAGCUUUUUAACAAUACUAGAAGAUUAGUUAAAAACCAAUGUUGUGUGCAGCUAAUGAACUGAAUUCACUUUAUUGUUGAAUAAAGUUUCUUUACCUACUGAA